AUGAAAUCACAACAACAACAUUCAUCAUUCAGCAUGCUGACGACGACCCUCCUAAUCACAGUCUUUGUUUGUUUCUUUUUCUUCAAGUCGGAAGCUGUGGCAGCUCUUUCAUGGUUCAAAUUCAAUGAUGAUGAUGAUAGCAAUUAUCACUUGGAAAGGAUUCACACCAAGUAUCCAAACGAAGAGAAUGGAAUCCAACAUCUUUUCAAGACUAAUGCAUCAUUGGAAUAUACAAACAACAACAACAACAACCUUUCCAUCAUUGAUUGGCAACGUGUGGAUCCUCUUUAUGGUUCGCCGUGCAAUUCGACCAUUCAAUGUGGAAAACAUUUAUUAUGUAUCAAUUCUACUUGUCAAUCCUGUGAUUUGGCAAGAGAGGGAGAAUUGUGUAUCGAUGAUCCCUAUGUGGUGUGUCGAGUGCAAAAUCGAAGUGUGAAAUUAAUUGGAAAUCAUUCGAAUCAUGUGACGAUUGCAUUUGGUUUGUGUGGACCAAAAAAUUUAUUUCCAAUUACUAUUUGGGAUCUCAUGGGAUCGUUUUUCUCUUCAUUUGGAGGGAUUGCUGCAGCUGCUUCAGGUGUUGGAGGAGGAGGAGUUUAG